CCUAAGCGGGGUUAGCGAAACGCUACAACAACAACAACAACAACAGUUUCCCGGGCCAAUACAUAGUUCGAAAAUGCCAAGAUUUCACUGCCACUAAUCUUUCACAUUAUGUAUGGAUUUGCCCACCAUUGGUCGCAAGCAGCUGUAAGGCUUGAAAACCACUUUAAAGGAACCUCAUUGUCAAGUGUGACCAUAACAGAUUGGUAUAACUACUGUAGGGAGGCGGUAGUAUUUUAUGAAAUUGAUUUUCAGCAUUUGGUCGGUAAAAUUGGUGGUCCGGGAAAAAUCGUCCAAAUCGACGAAUCGAAAUCUGGAAAAAGAAAAUUUAAUAAAUGGAGGAGGGUUGACGGUCAUUGGGUCCUUGAAAUUGUGGAAGAUGGUAGCGUGGACAUACGUCUUGAAGUUUGUCCGGAUAAUGCUCGGUCCGCUGAGGUGCUUAUCUCUCUAAUCCGCAAGCACGUCGUAGAGGGAACAACAAUCCAUACAGAUUGUUGGAAAGCCUACGAUUGGAUUACGGGUAUGUGCACCGGAAAGUCAACCACAGCGAUCCGGGGAAUCCGCUUGUAGCGCUGGAUUUGACUCACACUCAGUGAAUUAAGGCAUGUAAUAAAAAGAUAUUUUGUAAAGGAAAACUAUAAUAACCCCGCCAAUUUUGCUGAAAUUGUGGUUGAGUAUUUGUGGCGUUGAAAUAUAAGUAGGCGCCAUAAGGAUCCAUUUGCACAAGUCAUUAAUGCAAUAAAACACACGUAUAAGCCGUAA